AUGGCAGAAACAGUGGGCAAUGUGGAUGUUGUGGCAAAAGUCGAGUCAUUGAAAAAGUGGACGAUUGGAACGUUCAAGAACUCAAGGCAGCAGCUGCUAGAACAUAUGGGGAAGAUUGACAAGACAGUAGAUGCUGAUUUCGAGAAAGAAUGUGAAAGUCUCAAAGAACUGCAUAAAAGGUACGGCAGUGUAGUCUCUGCUUCACGGACAUUCUCUAAUGUGCUGACACAGCUCUCACAGGCGGAGAAAAAUCUCGCUGAAUCACUACAGUUGUUAUCUGAUAAGGAAACUGCUAUCAAGGUGAUUUCUCUAGAACAGAUGCUGUUAAUUUAAUU